AUACAAAGCAUUAUUGUAACUUCUGCCGCACACUUGUUUCUGGCAAUGCUCUUUCCAUUCCUGCCAAUCAUAUGGCAUCUUAUUGUGAACUAACUGUUUAGAGUAAGCAGCGACGAAAAAACAAUGUAAAUUUGAGUUUUUUGACAUAUAGUAGUAUUCAAAAUUAAUAACCAACCACAAAAAGCAAGCAAAUUAAAUAAAAAACAGUAUAAAAAUUGCAAAACGGAGAAAUAAAUUGGUUGUUUAUUGUUUGUGGUAAAAAUAAGGAGGUGUUUAUCACAACCGGCACGAUUCUGCCGUAGCUUUUUGAUUUUUGCCUUCAACAGCUUAUGCGCAGUACGGAGCUAAACAGCGCAGAUAAAGUCAAAAGUCAGUAAACAGAAGACAUCAAUAAGAAGCAGUUGAAAAAAGUAGAGGGAAUUUAGCUUUUGUCAAAUGGUUUGUGGAAAAACACCAGAAAUUUUCGCUGAAAAUUUUCUGAAAUACUGCAAACGAAAAAUGAAUAAAUGCGUAUAGAAUAAUUGUCUGCAUACAUUUCAUAGAAAGAAUUGAGCGUGUUUGAUACACAAAGGACAUAUAAAGGACAAUUGGUGAAAAUCUGUGAAACAUCUGAAGGCGAUCCCAGUUCCCUACACCAAAUUUGUCUAUGCGAAACAGGCAGAUUAUUGCUCUUUCAUUCAUUCAGCCAGAAUAAAAAUAAUCAGUCAAAAGGUAGUGGAGAAGGAAGCGAACGAACAAUUAAAUUUUAUUCGGGUUCUAGAAUUAUGUCGAUUAAUGGAGUGCUUCGCUAACAAACAUUACGCUUGAAGCUUUAUUAUAUUGUCGUGGAAAUAUCUUUUCUCGCAUUUAUCUCAUUAUGCAGUGUAUAGUAUUAAGAACGUCAAGAUCUUGCGAAAAUUCGGAAAAGCAAAUGUGUCGCUAAAUUUUGCGUAAAGUGGAAAUGUGUUUGAAAUCACUCAAGUCAUAUACAUAUUUUUAAAUUGUCGAAUGAAACAAAUGAGUGCUGUUGAAAGAAAGUUUCACAAUACUUUCUAGAAUUUACUAAUAGUUUCGCGUGUCGUGUAUAAAAUAAUAUUGCUGAUAAAUAAAAAAGUUCCUUUGUAUUUUCGACGUUCAUAACAUUACGUCGCGUAAACUUUAGAGGCUGGCUACAAAACGAGAUAAAAUAUUUUAAUAAAAUUAUUUAAAGUCUCUCUCGUCUUGCUAUUUUAAUAUACAUAUAAAGCAAACAAAGCCAAAAGACAACAUUCCAAGUGUAAAUUCGAAAAACCAUUCACAACUGAUUUGUGAAGUACAAAAACAAGAAAACACACACCGUAACACAGAAAACAUAAAGCGUCCAUACAAUAGAUUUUGGUCAAUUCAUAGGCAUAUAAGACACAACGAUAGUAGGUGUUUUAGGAGCAACAAAAUAAUAAUAACAUCGAAGAUAUACACAGUGACUGAGUGUAGAGAAAAAUCAAAACAACCAAUAAUAUCAAUAGUCAGCAAUUGUCGCCCGCGCAAUAUACUAAAUUAGCUCGCAGUUUCUGCACUAAAGGCACACUGGUUUAUUUUAAUUUCGUUGUUUCGAGCGUUUAACGCUAAAAAAGCUUUCAUCACGUCUCAGGGAGAAGAUAUGGACAUUGAUUCCACUCCUGUGCCACCACCACAGGAGUACUCAGAUAACCCAGCAGGCUAUCAGUCGGAAUCAUCAAUGAAUUUUGAUUAUUUGCACGGUCUAAAUGACGCUGCAGCAAGGGCGUCAUCAUCAGCAUCAUCACUAGGCGGUCAUGUAAGCUUUCCGGAAACGUCACGUCACUUUAGUGAACUUUCUGGCGGUGGUAUAGAUGUUAAUGCUUCAUCAACGCAGAGCUAUGGAUAUGUGGAUGACAGUAAAGCAUUGGACAGAUUUGUUUCAGUGUUAGAUCAAUUGGAUGCGCGCGUUGAGAAAUUCCGUAAAGAUGCCUUGGGCUUGCAAGAAAAGAAAGACUUCCUACUCAUGUCCAUUGAUUUGAUCAAGAGUCACGAUAUGCUGCAUUCCAUGAUGGAAGCGGAACGUGAAGAAAUCUUCUGCUACAUACAACGAGUUAAUGCGCGCCUCUCCACCGUCGAUUUAUUGGUACAUACGGUACGUGAUCGUUCGCAGGAGGAUGCGCUUAGUCAAAUCAAUGCGCUGAUCGAUAUGAUGAUUACUAUUGGUGACCCAGUGUUAUCGCGUCAACGUUGCCAACAAUACCUGAAUGCUUGCUGCAGUGCAGCGGAAGCAUCAUCCUCGUAUGAAUAUGGUGUGGAUAUGGAUGCUGGGCCGGUCGACAAGAAAUUCGAGAGCGCACUAUUGGGUUGCACGCUCGACGAUCAGAAGAACAUUAAAAAGCGGUUGCAGGCCUUAAUGGGUUAUUUAAACAAACAGACAAUACGAAAUUGAGUUGAUUUCAUGAUUUCCAAGUAUAUUACAAUACAAACAGUUAAACAAGGAGACAUUAAACAGCUAAUUUAGUUUAAUGUAAGCCAUUGAUUGGAUGCUGUUGCCUCAAAACACGCGUUAGCCGCUAUCAAUGCGUGUUAGUGCGCGGCAAGUGGCAAGUUUAACAACAAAAUUGAAUUUUCGUGCUUGCUUUUAUACGGCACACAUCUUACAUACAUACAUAAAAAAGUACUUUAAAAAUUUUGUCACAAAUAUGAAACAGGUUUUUUUUUAUAUUUUACUAUAAUACCCAUCUACCUAUGUAUGUAGUUUUUAUAAUUUCGACUAUAUAAUUUUUCAACUCUUUCAAAUGCAUAAUGUUGCCAUGCCUAAAAAUUGUAUUAGCGCAGUUUUAAUAAAAGCAAAAUAAAACAAAAAAAAAAAAA